AUGCUGCCCACAACUACCCAUCUAACCACGGCGACUUGGACUGGCGACUCCCUCUUUUGGUUGCAGACGCCCGAGUCUCCUGGAUGGCUCGUUUCCAACGACCGCCAUGACGAGGCCAAAGCCAUCGUCGCAAACUGUCACGCCAACGGCGACCAUGACCAUCCACUUGUCGCACUCCAGAUGCGAGAGAUGCUGGCCACCGUCGAUCGCGAGCAUCAGACCUCUUGGAAGGGCCUCUUUGAUCUCCGGGUUCUUGUUGUAUCCCGCUCCAGUCGCUACCGACUGAUGCUCAACAUCGCUUUCUCUUGGUUCGGCCGAUUCAGCGGGAAUAACUUACUACCUACUCAUCAUGCUUAA